GCAAGUUAUUUUUGUAUAACCUGGUUUGGUAUGGGGACAUACCCCCUUGACAACCAGAUGCCGGAACUAUUUUUUUCUCUCUCUCUAAAUUUACAUCGCAGCACUGUUUUCAGCCUUCUAUGGAAUAGAAAGUCAACGUGUACAAUAAGAUGCUUCGGUUUGAUACACAUGUUGUUUUCUCGUUGUGAAUGAAUAUUAGAAUAUUAACUUGUACGCAAAUCACUGUUGUAAAACAUCUUUCUCUAUAUGUAUGGUCGAAUAAUAGAUUAAAACAAGGAUAUUAUAUUCGAAUUAAUGAUUUGCCAAGUAAGCAUUACCCUGUUCAUUUUGAAAUACAUUUUAUUUUAUCACUGGGGAAGGAGGUGGGGGUUGUUUCAUUGCUUGAUCCGUCUUUCAACAAAGCAACCAAAAAUUCAUACAUCACAUUUUAUCACAUGAAGUCAGACACAUUGACAUGUGGAUCGUGAUUUGUCACUUGCUUACAUAUUUUCUUGUGUCUGAUUUAGUAUUAGCGACAACAUUGCACACAAGGGGAAGUUUUCAUGUAGUAGAAGUUUUCACAGAGUUAAAAGCCGCAAAUUGUUGCAUUUUCUGAUAUUUGAAGAUUCAUUUUGGGUAGGCCUAAACAAUGCAAUUUCCCCUAUUUUCUCAAUCUGUCGGAGAUGAGUGACUCCAAAAUCGAUCUCUAUCUCUAAAGGGCAGCGCAAUACGCAGUGCAUGCAUAGUCUACACAUAUUUUCUAUCAUGACAAACUUCACUUUCAGGCUCCGUAGAACUAAGAUUAAAGAUGGUGACCUUCACAGCUAGACACUUCGUGUCGUUAUUGCUAAGUAAAUCAUUGCGCGGCUCAGUUGACUUGUAUUUUUCCGAGUUUAUGUACAUUUUGAUAAACGAAGGUUAGCAUCUUUGUCUCUUGCAUUAAAUUAUAUUAUCGCGGAUUAUAAAGCGUAAACUGACCCAAACCAGGUUAUACUCGUAUAUCUUGCCCCAGAAUUAAAGUCAUUCCUUAAAUAUAUAUAAAGCACAGAAAUUAGCAAUUAACUUUUAAAUGAAUAUAACUGGCCUAAGCUAAGAAAUAUUUUUAAUAUAAAGCACAGAAAAUUUCACUUUAUUUGGAUACCCACUUCCGUCCCUAUCUGGGGUUGAACUCACGACCUGCAGAACCACAUCUCCUAGCAGCAUGUAACCGGCGCGCUAGACCAUUUAGGCAAGUCUAGAAAAGUGUCGGACAGAUGUUAUGGAAAUUAAUGCUGAAAACACCAGUACUUAGUAAAUCUUGAGCAAUAUGAUUUGAAUAUUUCAUCUUUUUGUUUGAAUGUACUUGCAAAAAAUGAACAGUUUUUUAAUCAACUUAUCAAAGUUUAAGUGUAGUAAUCAGUGACAUCAUAAGAACACAUGCUUGUUACAUGCAUACAGUGAUUAUAUUUUCAUUGAAGUAUCAGUCAGUGGGAAUGAACUAGUUUAAAAUCAAUAUUUAAAAGAACUUUGAAGCAUGAUGUCUUUACCUGAAAAUUGUAAACUAGUUUAUUGAGAAGCAUUCAUUUAAACACAUUUGCUAUGUAAAGUUAUGCAUUAUAUAUCAUUUAAUUUUUUGAAGAUAUUAAAACCCUGAAUAAUUGGACUGAUUAGUAAUGCACCCAGUGGUCUGCUAGUAGAAUCCCAAGAUCAUUAUCAACUUCCUGGUCGAUAUCAUAUUAACAUUUGAUUUAUCGAUAAAUUGCACAACAAUGUGGAUUACACUUGUCUAGUUGAUUUAGAAAUGUUCAAGAUAAAGAGUGGGCAGUCUUAUAUCACUUUCUAGCUCACCUGAGUCCAUGGCUUCUAUUAGCUUCUCUAGAGUUAAGAUUUCUCUGUUGUCCAAGUUGUUUCAUUUCAUUUCAUAUUUUCAGUAUAUGGUUUGUGAUUAUUAUACCCCCCGCAACAAGUUGUACUGGAAUCGGGUUGUCCGUCUGUCUGUCCGUCCGUCCGUCUGUAGACGCAAUGGUUUCCGGACUCUAAAGCAUUAUCCUUUCCACCUACCGUCACCAUAUCAUACAUAUGGACUACCCAUGGGAUGAAGAUGUUCCCUAUCGAUUUUGGGGUCAAAAGGUCAAAGGUCAAGUGCACUGGACAUCGAAGUAGCAAUAUGGUUUCCGGGCUCUAAAGCGUUAUCCUUUCCACCUACAGUCACCAUAUCAUACAUAUGGACUACCCAUGGGAUGAAGAUGUUCCCUAUCGAUUUUGGGGUCAAAAGGUCAAAGGUCACGCGCACUGGACAUCGAAGUAGCAAUAUGGUUCGGUUUGUCAUGCCAUUUGUUUUUUACACUCAGAAAAGAGAUAGUUUAUACCUAUUACCAACACCCUUUGGGAGAUUGGGGUAAGCGGGGGGUAUUCUUAGUGAGCAUUGCUCACAGUACCUCUUGUUUAUUCAGUUUAUGUGAACUUUUACAUUUUCAAUGAGUGAAGAAUUAGCAUGUUAUAUGUAUUUUGCCUCAGGAAUACAUGUGAUUUAGUGUUUUUUUGGGUGUUUUUUUUUUUUUUGCACAUUUAGUGCUGCCGUACUGUGUACAGUUGGUUCACCAUUUUAACUUGCACACACUUGGUCAAUGUGACGGUUGUGACCAGUUUCAUGAUGCAUUUAGUAUUGGGACUCAAAUAGCGAAUAUUCCACGGGCAUUCUGAUUUUUUUUUUCAUCACGAUGUCCUUGGGUGUCACAAUUACAUCUUGAAGUUUGGGCUGACAGGUCUUGAGAAUUCCUGAGUUGUUCAACCUCAAGUUUCAUGUCUUCUGCAAAAGAUGAUUAACAAACCACCAUGCGACAGAGCAGAGGCUCCAGAAAUUACUGGAACUUCAGGCAUGAGUUGUGAGGAUGACUUACUAGGCUGGUCCCUGUAUCUGCAUGAUGUAUCAGGCUUGGAUGUGGUUGACUGGCACAGACGAAAAAGCCAAGUCUCUCCAGCAAACAUGCGAUGAAUCUAUGCAUUUUGUCUAGGUAGGCCAACUGUAGACGUGUCUCCAAAUCCAAUACCACCGAGUAAAAAUCCUCUAUAAGGCCAAUUCAACUUAAUUACUAGAUUAUCAUCCAGGGUCAACAAAAAGUAUGGGUCGGGUGGGGGAUUUUAUUUUUUAAUUUUUAUUUUCUGAGAAAAAUAUUAAAGACAUGAGUUUUUUUUCCCAACAGAUCCGCAUCAUUUAAUGGCAGAUGGAUAUCAAUCUAUGCUAUUUUCAUACACUAAUUCCAGGUUAAGCUUUAAUUUAAGGAUUUAACAGAAAUAUACCUAUUAACUUCUUCAAGAUUUACAUCUGUUCAAGAAUGCGAUAAAUUAUGAAAACAGUAUAAAUCUAUUUUCUGCACGUGACUUUUCACGUUCCUAUACUGGAAAUGUAAACAAGAAGUGUAAAUACCGGAGUCGGACAUGAAAAUCUUCUGGAAAUCGCAAGUUUCGCACAAUAAAAAAAUUUGUGGCGGGACAAUUUUUGAGAGGCGGGCAGGGAUGAUAAUCUAUCAAUUAAGUUGAAUUGGCCUAAGUUGGGUAGGUUUGAGUGUCAGAGAGUUAAACUUAUCAACGUCUGUGCUGUAUGUUCUAUUUACGUCAUUGUAAUGGUAUAAAAAAAAAAAGAAAAAAAAAGCAGCUUAUGGGGUAGAGCUUGCCAGUGGUACUUAACCAGUCAUUCAAAUGCUGUUACCAUAACAGUGCAGGGCUGGUUAGAUGUUAAUGCAGUGCUGUGUAUCUGCUGUCAGUAGCAUUCAGCUUUAUUAGUCCAUGCAGAAUGAAAUAACUGUCUAGUUCAUCUAAAAGUGUACUUUGGUCUUCAUGAGAAUGACCAGCUGGUGAUGUGCACAGCUUGUGUGGGGGUUGGCGUCCAUGCGGAAUUGUGAUAUAUCCAAAAUUGGGGGAAAUUGAGAAAAUUCAACUCUCUACUCACAGUCUGAAAUUCGUUUGAUUAUCCACCAUAUUCCAGAUUUGUGAGGAAUGUGUGAUAUUGUUAUGAUUAUGUUUAAAUCAUAUAUCAAGAACUGGCUUGUUGUUGAGUCACUAUUAAUGUUCCAGAAAGAUCUUUGUACGAGCAAAGUUUCUCGGGUAAACACUGUGGCCCAUGGGCCUCUUGUUUGACUGCCAUUGAUUUUAAAGAAAAGUCAAAUUAUGUAAUUCUAAGACAGCUAGCUCAAUUGAAAAGCAAAUAUCAUUUCAUGUUACAAAACAGAAAAUAGAAAAAAGGUUUUAAAAACUCUCACAUACACACACAGGUAGUGGACCCAAGAAAAACAGUAGAUAGUAAAUUUGUAAAGAUUAUAGUUAUGUAUCAUCUGAUAAAGAUUCAAUGUCCGGAUGGGAAUGGCAUUUUCUACUGGGAGUAGGUGUGGGCAGGUUUUGAUGUAAAUGUAAUUUCAACCCCAAAGUUUGGAUAUUUGGGAGAUUAAGGGAUAUGUUUAGCUAUAUGUCAGGUAAAUUAAGGUCAUGUGUGAAGGCAAAUGACCAAUGGUCAAAGUUAACUCACUGUUAAGGACCAUGCCAUUUCACAAACACAUCUUAUUUGAUGUACAUGUAUGUAUUAAUUUACAGUUAUAAUCAUAAUACUACAUGCACACGACUUUGGACAAUCACUUAUUGCACAAUGUCAAUACUGUAUGUGAACAUCAUGGCAACAGCAUUUUAUACAAAGAUUUUUUUGCUCCUGGGUCAGUUGAUGGGUGUCAUAUUGUCUUUAACCCCUGUCUGUUUAUUUGACCAUAACUAUGCACUACAUUUAUAUGAGAUAGUGACUCUUUUGAUGAGCUAAUUAUGCUUUCUCUACUAGUACAGCUAAUAUUCAAUCCUGGUCAAGGUCAUGUAUUAUAAAACAGUUGCCAACCUAUGGGUAUUCAUUCUCUUCACAACACAACAAGUCAUCUUGUCUUUGUAAAAACCAAAUCAUCGUGUCUUGUUUCGGUGUUCAGUUUAUCUAGGACAUUCUUAAUUUACUUAAAUCCAUAUCACUCUUCGUUACGUGGAUCAUUUUUUUUGCGUCCAGAAGUCUACCUACCAAGAUAUGACUUCAGUUAUGUAGUUAGCUAUUUAAACUAUAUAUUUGGAGUUUAAAAACUUCAUACGAAGGAAUUAAAUUAUCUGUGGGCUGAAAAACUUCCUGGUUGUAUGAAAUCCAUUGAGUUAGGUGCGGGGAAUGCAGUGACAUUGUGAUAGCGGUGUGGAAAUGAACGGUUACGAUCAUUACGGGCGGAACGGAUUCCACCCUGUAAAUUCUGGAGAUCCAUAUAAUCACAGAGAUGAUCCAUAUGAUAGAAAUGACUUUGGCAGAUCCCAGAGGAAUGGAUUUGAUUUAGAUCGGAAUAGCUUUGAUGGUCGAUACGACAUGAGAGACACAAGAGAUGAGGCAGUGAUGUUUGAGCUAGACCACCUCGCGACAUUCUCCUCCAGGACAGGAGCUAUGUCCGCUGAGGAUGGGUUGCGUAAACUGCGGCAGAUGGAGGGGACAACAGGGAUCUGGACCAUGAGGUGUACGAUGAUUGUAGAGAGGAAACCACUGACACUGGUUAUACUAGACAAAAGUAACGGGGAGGAACUCGAAAGGUUUCCCCUUGACCUUGUUCAUGAACCUACUGCCAUAUUCAAGGACGACAAAAGAGAAAUUUACACCAAUUUGAUCCUGUUUACAGUCCUUGAGGACCCCCGCAGGAGAAAUGGACAAGCGGACAUGCACAUCUUCCAAAGUAUUGUAACAGCAGCACAAGAUAUAGUGGAUGAAAUACAGGCUGCAAAGGAUGGCAGACUAGGAGGGACAUCGGGGCAGAGAAUCCCCCCUCCUCCCAUGGGCCCAGCCCCUAACCCUCCCAGAUUUGGAGAUGAAACAUACUUGAAAGAGAGUGCAGGCCUCGGCCGUAGUGAUUUCUACACCCAGCAGAGUGCCAGGGAUAAUCCGGCGAAUAAUUUCGUAGAUGAUGAAAUUAACUACAGACAGAGCAGUAGACAGGCGGGUGGGAUUGGAGGACUAGGCCAAACAAACCGAGCCUCUUUCAUGCCCAGUGACAUGGACAGUGGCCAAAAUGAAAUUCUGGAGAGAGAUGUGCAACUGCUGAAUGCAUGUUUUGAUGACAUAGAGAAAUUUGUGUCCAGAUUGCAGCAGGCUGCUGAAGCGUACAAGGAACUGGAAAGGCGAAGAAAGGACCGCAGCAACAAAAAGUCCAAAAACAAUCGACAGACUGGAGAUGGGAUGCUAAAUAUGAGAGCAAAACCUCCACCAGCAGAUGACUUUAUUGACAUUUUUGAAAAGUUCAAAUUUGCAUUUAAUCUGCUGGCUAAAUUGAAGGCUCACAUACAUGACCCCAAUGCUCCUGAGCUAGUUCACUUUUUAUUCACACCCCUAAGCUUGAUAUAUGAGGCUAGCCGUGAUCCUGUGCAUGGAGGUCGUGACCUUGCAGAGAGUGCGACCAGGCCAAAUAUCACUCAGGAUGCUAGACAGUUAUUACUGAAUUGUUUAACAUCUAAAGAACUGGAACUGUGGCAGUCUCUCGGAAAGUCAUGGACAGCCAGCAGGGACAAUUAUGGGGACAACUACACGCCCAGGUUCUACAAUGGUUGGACCCCAGCAGUUUCAGCUCCGGUGGACAAGAUUGACAGGAGUCGUAUGGAGGAUGCUUUGAUGAACCACGAGAGACAGAUCAGGGAUCGUGACAUGGAGGACCGAGCCAGGAGAGAGGGAGUAGAUAUGGUGAUGCCUUUCCCUUCAUCACGCGAAGAGGAUAGGAAUUAUAUUGGACGGUCAAAUCGUUAUGAUCAGUAUAGCCGACCACCAGAGGACAACUACGCAAGGUCAACCAAGCGUCCCUCUACCCCCCCUCCAGGGGUCCCUUUUACUAACCCUAACGUAGCACGCUAUCAGGAGCAUGUUGAGCAGCACAUUAAUAGGAACCGGGAGGUGCACGAACCCCGAGUCAGUGAACCCAGGUCCAAACAAGAUAUGAACAUGCAGUUUGCACGAGAGGUUCUAAGAUCCAAUGGAAGAGUGAUGGAGGCAGUACAUGAUCGACAGGGAAGGAAUGCUAAAGAAAUCACUGUGGAAAAAGGAGACUUGUUGCAGGUUUUAGAUGACACCAGGAACUGGUGGAAGCUGAAGAACAAUGAGGGCCACAUAGGAUACGCCCCCUACACAAUACUGAAGGAAUAUGUGAGCGCCGAUUCAGAGAUGGACAAGAGGUCUUGGGACCGAUUGAUGACAAGGGGUAGAAGAUCAAGCGGAGAAUACAACAGCCACAUUCCAACAAACGGGGCCCCUGCCCCGCCUGCACCCCCUCCCCCUCCACAUGGGGGAAGUCGUCGCCAAGAAGUCAGGGAUAAGAGAAAGGGGCGCGGAUCUAGCGACAGACGUCGCCGCCGCAGCGACGAUUACAGCAGCGGAAGUGCGAGCGACGAGGACCGACGAUCGUACGGACGCGGCAGUAACAGACGACACAGCCCGCGUGAUGACAGCGAUGAGUGGAGUAGAGACAGCAGCGACAGAGAGCGGCCACGAAACAGGUCCGAACGACAGAGCGACAAACGGAGACAACGGUCACCACCCAUGAAACAUAGUAAUCCACCAUCGCCACGAUACGGUGAUUCGCCAAGAUAUAAUGAUAAGUCACCAAGACGUAAAGAUCCUCCUCCUCCGCCGCCACCGCCAUCCUCCAGGCCACUACCUCUCAGAGGUCACAAAGACAAGAGAAAGGACGACCUUCAUGACGAACUUCAGCAGUUCAUGUCCCAAAGUUUAAAGGGUCAAAAGGCACAGAAAGAACGUCCUCAGGUUAAAAACAUCAACGCCAGGUCUACCGUGGACGAAGUUACCAAUUGGUUAGAUACCAAAGGAUUUUCUGGAAAAUGUAUCCGAGUAUUCCAAAGAUAUAACGGCGAGGACAUGUUCCGAUUGAAGAGGACAGAGAUGGACAGAUUGAUUGGAGCACAGGAGGCACAGAGACUGGAAAGUCAUAUUCUGGUUCAGAAGAACAAAGAAGGGUAUAAAACGGCGCGUAGUGGCGGGAAAGAGUUACAGGCGAUUUUGCAGGCGAGGAAAGAAAAGGCGGACCGGAAAGAAGAAUACACACAAAACAACCCGGAAAUAGCAGACUAUUCUGACUCGGAGAGUGAUGAAUCGGACAAUUUUGAAAAUGCAGGGUUAACGUUGAGAGCCAUGUUACGUCAUCAGCGUAAACGGAUUUCAAACAGCACAUAUCGUGAUUAACCUGUCAAGUUUUAGAUGGAAUUUCUGUUGAAAAAUUCGUAGAUUCUUAAAUGAAUUAUUGUCUGCAUCAUAGCGUAAAAAAAACCAUAUCUCUGGUACUAGAGCAAUAUUAUUACUGUAUACAGGUAUUUGACUAUAACCAUUAACAAGUUUCUUUGAACUUAAAUAAAACCCCAGGAUAUUUUCUAAAAUAAAUUCAUACAAAGUUGUACAAGAUGUAGCAAUCUGUCUAUAUUCACAUUUUCCCCUCUCUCUAUGCUUCUCAAUGUAUUACAUCAGCAUGUAAAUUUCUACUUGCAUGCAGAUCAGGAAUUUCUCAUAACGUCAGUGGGUGAGGACUGGGGAAAUUAACAUGGAACACCAUGCCUAUUUCAAUAUUUUGAUAAGUCCCAUUUUUAUUUCUGAUAUAAAUAUAUGGAGUCACUGUCUAGUGUGUUGGGUUGUGAGGUGAUAAUGUUAUGAUUUAUGCACCACUGACGACUUCGCCGUUAUGCAAAUUAUCACCUUUUUCAUAAUUACAUUCCUCAAAAUAUUCACUGAGUUGUGCCAUAUCACAGGCUCUCGACGUAUAUGAUAAAAAAUGUCUUCCUGUAGACAAACUAGUUUGUUCACAGCUAGCUAGGAAAACAUUUUUUAAAAUAUAGAUUAGACAUAUCUACAACGUCGAGAGCCCGUGUGCUAUAUUAUGUAACUGAUUCACAUGUAUUUCACAACAUUUAAUUAAUCAUGAAUAUGUCUUGUAAGUCAAGUCAACCAUUAAAGAAUCUGCUGUUCAGUAUUUGUGAAUAUGUCGGUUUGCCAAAACUUGCCCAUUUUGAUUUACGAGGAUAAACAAUGUUUGUAAAUUUCUAAUGUCAGAAGUGCCAUUAUAUAUAUGUUUAUGAAAUUAUUGUAAUUUGGUGUUUAGGUAUCACACAUAUUUAAAACUUCAUUGAUAUCAGGAUGUGAACCCAUAUGUUUAUUGAACUUUUAAGGAAAGGAAAUAACUCUGUAAUUUUCUACACUUAUACUUGCAUAUAGAUGUACUAAUUUGUAUACAAAAUCAAACUCGUUUCCCUUUUGCAAUUAUGAGUGCCAAUGUAUGUACAUGUAUCAGCGCAUUGUAAUGAGUUUUUGUAUGUUUUACAUGGCUUACAUAUACUCUUACACAUGUAUGUAGCGGUGGUUUCUUUAACUUUCACCAUGUUUUGUUACAAUAAAAAAAAAUAACAUUAAUCAAA